CCGAACCGUGUCAGUUUGGCACCUCUGUGAUAAGUGCGUGCAAAGCAGGCGAGAGGGUACUAUUUGUAGCUUGCACUAGUGCCGAGGGCAUCGAAGAAAAGGACAGAUCUUCAAUCCCAGAGACGCAUAGAAAAAAAAAAAAAACGAAGAAAUCUUUAUCAUCAAGUCCAAUGGCGAAAAACAAACAAGGAUUGGGUUGGAUAGAAUGGUUGAGAGGAUGGAUGUACGUGAUUCACGAAAUGCUUUUCCAGAGGAUAAUGGCGAGUCACCUGCAGAACCCAUUGCCAUUGCCGCCCGUGAACGACCUCACCUGCGUUGUGACAGGCUCCACCAGCGGCAUCGGGAGGGAAAUGGCGAGGCAAUUGGCUGAAGCAGGGGCGCAUGUUGUAAUGGCAGUAAGAAAUCCAAAGGCAGCUCAUGACUUGAUUAAUCAAUGGUCUGCCUCUUGGCACGGGCUCCCUUUGAACAUUGAGGUCAUGGAACUUGAUCUUCUCUCCUUGGAUUCUGUCGUCACUUUUGCUAAUGCCUGGAAUGCUCGUCUUGGACCAUUGCAUGUUCUCAUUAAUAAUGCCGGAAUUUUUUCUAUUGGAGAACCCCAAAAGUUUUCAAAAGAUGGGUAUGAGGAGCACAUGCAAGUGAAUCAUCUGGCUCCAGCACUGCUUUCGAUAUUGCUUUUGCCAUCCCUUAUUAGAGGAUCUCCUAGUCGAAUCAUUAAUGUCAAUUCUGUUAUGCAUUAUGUUGGCUUCGUUGAUACAGAAGACAUGAAUGCUGUUUCUGGGAAAAGAAAAUACUCAAGCCUGUUGGGAUAUACUAGCAGCAAGCUGGCUCAGGUUAUGUUUAGUAGUGUCCUCCACAAGCGGCUACCUGUUGAAGCUGGUGUUAACGUUGUGUGUGUAUCGCCUGGAAUUGUCCACACAAAUGUUGCUCGGGAUCUUCCGAGAAUUGUUCAAGCUGCUUAUCAUCUAAUACCCUAUUUCAUCUUUAGUCCUCAAGAGGGUUCUAGGAGUGCUCUUUUCUCAGCAACAGAUCCCCAGAUACCAGAGUACUGUGAGUUAUUGAAAGCAGAUGAAUGGCCUGUUUGUGCAUUCAUUUCUCAAGAUUGUCAUCCUACAAAUCCUUCUGAAGAAGCACACAAUGUCAAUACAUCGUUUGAAGUGUGGGAGAAGACACUGGAGAUGAUUGGCCUUCCUACGGAUGCUGUGGAGAGACUUAUAGAAGGUAAUGAAGUCAGAUGUCGAUAUGGGACUCAAUAUGACUAGUUUUCACAGCAAAAUACAUUCGCUAUGUAUCUUGAAGUUUAUUCUGAACGUCCAUUCUAAAAGAUGAAUAGAAGCACCUUUGUUGUAUAAUGAUGGCCAUUCUAUUCGUUGCUGAAAGCGGAGUUCUUGUUGUGUAGUGAUGGCCAUUCUAUUUGUAGCUGAAAGGGGAGAGCUUUUAUCAUUAGGUGGCAUUUUCUUAUACUAUUAUUAUUGUUGCUAUCAUCCUUCUGGGGUAUGCGCCGCUAACGUCUACAAUAGACGGUGGACUGUUUCAGGAUUAUCUGAAGCUACGUGCGAUUCAAUUGCACCUUGGAUGUAACAUUUUACAGCACGUUUUUCUCCUAAUGGACUAAUUUAUAAAUGUGGACAAGUGAAGAAAUCUCUAGCUUUUCUAAAUCAAAAUUUUGCUCUUGCUAAUAGGAGAAAUUUUUUU